GGGGAGACAAAUUGUUUCUUCCCUCUCAGAGUCCACUCUUUUCUUUCUUCUUCGUUCGGGGUCGGCAAACAAAACCUGUAAAACCCCCCAAAAACAUGAGUCUCAGAGUGAGACACUCGAAACCCUAGAAUUCAAAUCCAACGCUUGCUUGCUCGGAGAACCCGAUUCCAAGACACGCAAAAGCACCAAAUGGGUCGACCCGAACCCUACGUCUUGUUCUCCCAGACCUUCAACCACCCCCAUCUCGACGAGUACGUCGACGAGGUAUUGUUUUCUGAACCCAUUGUAAUAACUGCGUGCGAGUUCCUUGAACAAAAUGCUUCCUCGGCUGCUCAAGCCGUAACGCUUCUUGGGGCUACUUCGCCUCCUUCAUUUGCUUUGGAAGUAUUUGUUAAAUGUGAGGGGGAGACAAGGUUUAGGCGUCUCUGCCAGCCUUUUCUUUAUUCUCAUUCUUCAUCAAAUGUUCUAGAAGUUGAGGCUGUUGUAACUAAUCAUCUGGUUGUAAGGGGCAGCUACCGCAGUCUAAGUUUGGUCAUUUAUGGAAACACGGCAGAGGAUUUGGGGCAGUUCAAUAUCGAAUUUGAUGAUAACUCGCUGAGAAAUUUAGUUGGUUCUGCUGAGGGGAAGCUUGAAGACCUCCCACUGGCUUUGCACUCAACUAACCUUACAAUUGAGGAAUCUAUAUCCUCUUUGAAUGCGUUAUCCAUUCCAGUUGCUCCAUUGGAUAUAGCUAUUGAGGUGAAGAGGUUUUUACAGCUAUUGUUCAAGAUUUUGGAGUUGUCGAAUCUUGGGGAUGCAGUACAUGAAGUUGUAAGUACUGUGGUUUCAGCAAGCUCUUCAUUUGUUACCAGUGAGUUACAUUAUGCUGCAGACAGUGAGAAUAAUCUUACAUGGGGCAAGUCAAAAAGUGGUGAGGAGUUGCAUGGUGUUAUUGGUGAGGCCAGAGAAGAGCUUCUUCAGUUGUAUAAAGUGUUUCAACAUGAAUUAGGGAAUGGAUUUGCUGACUUGUCGGCAGAAUGCACUUUUCUUGAUUUUGAGGCUGAUUUGGUUAAUUCCAAAGAGUUGGUGGAUAUGUUUAGCCAGUACUUCAAUUUUCGUGGCGACUCCUCAAAUCUUGGACAUCACCAGCUUUCACAGAAAGAAAAUGUUGUUCUGGGGUUGAGUGUGGCUCUCUUCUUGUGCUCUGGUAGAGAGAGCUGCUUUCACUUUGUCAAUAGUGGAGGAAUGGAGCAGCUUGCACACAUUUUUUGUCAUGACAAGCCAAAUUCCACUUCUACCACAUUACUGCUACUUGGAGUUCUUGAGCAGGCUACUCGGUAUUCAAUUGGGUGUGAGGGAUUUUUUGGUUGGUGGCCUCGUGAAGAUGAAAAUGUCCCUAAUGGUACUAGUGAAGGUUACAGUCAAUUGUUGAAGUUGUUAUUGCAAAAACCGCGCCAUGAUGUUGCCUCUCUCGCAACUUAUGUCCUCCACCGUCUACGAUUUUAUGAAUUUGCUUCAAGAUAUGAGUGUGCAGUUCUGUCUGUUUUGGGAGGUCUCUCUGCUGUUGGUAGGGUUGCAGGUGUUACCUUGAACAUGCUUAUCAAUGCUAAAUCUCAACUCAAGAGGCUCCUGAAGUUGAUAAAUUCACAUGGUCCAAUUGAAGAUCCUUCUCCAGUGGCUCGCGCAAGCAGAUCAUUGAUUCUUGGUCAAACAGAAGGAUUAUUGUCAUAUAAAGCAACCAGUACCUUGAUUGCUUCAUCAAAUUGUUGCUUUUCAAACUUCGAUAUUGACUUGCAUUUGCUGGAACUUCUUAAGGAGAGGGGAUUUCUUGCCUUGUCAGCUGCCCUUUUGUCAUCAUCAACAUUGCGAUCAGAAGUUGGACAUGCCAUGAACGCAUUUGUGGAUAUUGCCUCGUCAAUUGAGGCCAUAAUCUUUUCGCUUCUUUCUUGUCGCUCAGGGUUAAUAUUCUUACUAAAUCACCCAGAACUUUCAGCUACUGUAAUCAAUGCACUACGGGGUGGUCAUGAUGCGAAUAAGGAAGAGUUUCUUCCUCUCCGGUAUGCAUCUGUUUUAAUAUCCAAGCGCUUCUUUUUCAGCCCUCAGGAAGUUGGCAUGAUUGUUGGGGUGCAUUUGAGGGUGGUUAAUGCCAUAGAUCGUUUGCUUACAUCAACUCCAAACUCGGAAGAAUUUUUAUGGCUGUUGUGGGAACUUUGUGGUCUGUCUAGGUCUGACUGUGGACAGCAGGCUCUUUUGGCUCUCGGAUAUUUUCCAGAGGCUGUUUCAGUAUUAAUUGAAGCAUUACAUUCUGUCAAGGAAUCGGAGCCAGAUGCCAAGAUUAGUGGUGUUUUACCUUUAAAUCUUGCUAUAUCUCACUCAGCCGCUGAGAUUCUUGAAGUCAUUGUUACUGAUUCAACAGCAUUUUCUCUGAGUUCUUGGAUUGGACAUGCUUUGGAAAUCCAUAGGGCUCUACUUUCCUCCUCUCCAGGGUCCAAUAGAAAAGAUGCUCCUACACGGCUGUUGGAAUGGAUCGAUGCUGGUGUAGUUUAUCAUAAAAAUGGGGCUACUGGUCUUUUACGGUAUGCUGCUGUGUUAGCUUCUGGUGGAGAUGCCCACUUAACUUCAACCAGCAUUCUUGUGUCAGAUCUGACAGAUGUUGAGAAUGCUGUUGGAGAUUCUUCCGGUGGUUCUGAUAUUAAUGUUAUGGAGACUCUUGGAAAAUUUAUUUCUGAGAAGUCGUUUGAUGGUGUUACCCUCCGUGAUUCUUCCGUGGCACAGUUGACGACAGCAUUUCGAAUUUUGGCAUUUAUUUCCGAGAACUCAACUGUAGCUGCUGCACUAUAUGAUGAAGGUGCCAUAGCAGUUAUCUAUGCAGUUCUGGUUAGCUGCAGGUUCAUGCUUGAGAGGUCUUCAAAUAAUUAUGAUUACCUUGUCGAUGAGGGUACAGAAUGCAAUUCUACGUCAGAUUUACUAUUAGAACGUAAUCGUGAGCAAAGCUUAGUUGAUCUUUUGGUUCCUUCUUUGGUACUACUGAUCAACCUUUUGCAAAAAUUACAGGAAGCUAAGGAGCAGCACAGAAAUACAAAACUAAUGAAUGCUCUUUUACGAUUGCAUCGAGAAGUAAGUCCAAAGCUAGCUGCAUGUGCGGCAGACUUAUCCUCUCCUUAUCCAGAUUCUGCACUUGGUUUUGGAGCUGUGUGCCAUCUUAUUGUGUCAGCACUUGCUUGUUGGCCGGUUUAUGGCUGGAUUCCUGGCCUUUUCAAUACUCUGCUUGCUAGUGUUCACGCUGCCUCUUUGCUGGCCUUAGGUCCAAAAGAAACCUGCAGUUUGCUAUGUCUUUUGAAUGAUUUAUUUCCUGAAGAAGGUAUCUGGCUUUGGAAAAACGGAAUGCCCUUGUUGAGUGCCUUUAGAACAUUAGCCAUUGGGACGCUACUGGGGCCUCAGAAGGAGAGACAGGUCAAUUGGUAUCUGGAGCCUGCACACCUUGAAAAGCUGCUUAGCCAAUUGAUGCCACAGCUUGACAAGCUUGCUCAGAUUAUCCAACACUAUGCUAUAUCUGCACUGGUGGUCAUUCAAGACAUGCUACGAGUUUUAAUAAUUCGUAUUGCUUGCCAAAAUGCUGAAAAUGCUUGUGUACUUCUGCGACCCAUAUUAUCAUGGAUUCGUGAUUGUGUUUCUGAGUCAUCUUCUCCAUCAGACAUGGAAGCUUACAAGGUUUACAGAUUUCUUGAUUUUCUUGCUGGCUUAAUGGAGCAUCCCUGUGGCAAGGCACUAUUGUUAAAGGAAGGUGCUGUUCAGAUCCUUAUACAAAUGCUGGAGAGGGGUUUUGAUUCCAUUGAUUUGGAUGCAAAACAGAUUCUAGAUGGUAAAUCUUCAGCUAAAUGCGGGUUUACUUCGCUCAGUUGGUGCACCCCUGUAUUCAAGUCCAUCUCACUACUUUGUAAUGCACGAACAGCACGACAAUACCCUGGCAGACCCAAUCUGUGCAAAUUUGAAAAUUUGAGUCCUGAAGACUGUUUGCUGAUUUUAUGUUAUCUCCUUAAGUUUUCUCUGGUCCUACCGGUUGGAAAAGAGUUGCUUGCGUGUCUUACAGCCUUUAGUGAAAUAGGUUCUAGGAAUGAAGGUCGAAGUGCUCUGGCAGCUAUUUCCAUUCACAUCCAAUCUGCUAUUCAGGAACCUGAAUUAGGGAGAAGACAUGAAAGGGAUGCGAUAUAUGAUCUUCUUAGUGAAUUUGAGUGGAGGAAUUCCCCCCCUUUGCUAUGUUGCUGGAAAAAGCUGUUCAGUUCUGUUGAUAUAAAAGAUUUGUCAACUUAUGCAAUUGAGGCUGUUGAUGCAUUGUCUUUGGGUGCUUUGCACUUUUGCACGGAUGGGAAAAGUUUGAACUUGGACAGUGUUGUUGCAUUGAAAUACCUUUUUGGGCUUCCUGAUGAUACGCAUGGGACUGGUGGCUUUUCUGAAGAAAACAUCAAUUACAUAAAGGAAUUGAUUACUCUGUUGGGUUCAAAUAUCACUGCUGAUGACCAUGUAGCCGCCUCUGUCAUGGACACAACUUUGCAUCGGGUCACAGAAUCUGCAAAGUCAUUGUUGUUAUUGUUGCAGAAGCCUACUGGUUCUGUUAAGGUGGAAGAUAUUCUUUCUAGUAAAGGUGUUCUUUUGUUAUCGAAUGAUGUUCUGGUUUCAUCAAAGAUACAUCGGAUGACAGAUGGCAUUGCUGAAAAGGAUGAUGAUUAUCUCUGCCUAGGGGGACUAGGAGACAAGUUCCUGUGGGAAUGUCCUGAUGAUAGAUCGUCACAGACAGCUCUUCCUGGAAAGAGGAAAGUCUCUUCAGUAGAUGGUCUAAGUAAGCGUGCUAGAGGAGAAAAUUCACCGGCUGAGAUUCUUGCUCAAGGUGCAUUUUCACGGGGAUCAGGACCAUCUAAUGCCCCUUCUGGUUCUACUCGCAGGGACAACUUCAGGGGGCGGAAACCAAAUACCAGCCGGCCGCCCUCUAUGCAUGUGGAUGAUUAUGUUGCAAGAGAAAGAAGUAUUGAUAAUACUAGUAAUUCUAACGUGAUAUCUAUCCCACGAAUAGGAUCUACUGGUGGAAGGCCACCCUCAAUACACGUGGAUAAAUUUAUGGCCUUAGAAAGGGAACGCCAGAAUCCAGUGGCAGCAGUUGUUGGGGAUGCGGCAGCACAAGUGAAGAAUGUAGCUCCUGAGAAUGGCACUGAUGUGGAGAAGUUCAAAUCUAAGCAAUUGAAAACAGAGCUAGAUGAUGAUCUUCAGGGAAUUGAUAUAGUUUUUGAUGGAGAGGAGUCCGAAUCUGAUGACAAAUUGCCCUUUCCUCAGCCAGAUGAUAAUCUACAGCAGCCUGCCCCGGUCAUAGUUGACCAAAGUUCUCCCCACUCUAUUGUUGAAGAGACAGAGAGUGAUAUCCAUGAAAGCAGCCAAUUUUCUCACAUGGGUACACCAAUCACAUCUAAUGUUGAUGAAAACACCCAAAGUGAGUUUUCUUCGAGGAUGUCAGUUUCGCGUCCCGAAAUGCGAUUGACUCGAGAAUCAAGUGUUUCUUCAGAUAAGAAGUAUCUUGAGCAGUCUGAUGAGACAAAAAAUGUUUUUCCUGUUAAAACCUCCAAUAGGUUUGAUUCUGCAGCAGCAACAAGUAGUUCUGGUUUUCCUGCCUCUGUUUACAAUAGCGCAUCAGCAUCAUCUGUACAAUUACCAGUUGAGCCUAGGAUAACUCCACAAAAUAUGUAUCUAAAGAACAGUCCACAUACUGCUGUUAAUGUACCUGUAGCGACAGGAUCUCAGGGACUGUACGACCAGAGAUUUCCCCCAAACCAACCACCUUUACCUCCAAUGCCACCUCCUCCAACAAUUUCACCUGUAAUAUCUCAAGCUUCUGAUCUAGUUCAAAGUCAGUCAUCCUUAUUUAUUAACCCUGUAACUGAUGUACAGCAGUCGCUUCCCAUGGCCUUCCAAGUUCUGUCAGAUUACCUACCAUUCAACAACAGUUCAACAUCAUUGGCAUCUUCCCUUCCCAUGCCAGAUUCCAAGUAUUCACGGUCUUCUAUCUCUUCUCCCAGAUCUGCUAGGCCUCCUCCACUUCCUCCUACACCACCUCCAUUCUCAUCUAGCCCCUAUAAUUUACCAUCUAUGAAAACUUCUACUUCCUCAUCCUCACCGUACAAUCCGACAAUCGCCGGAACAAGUUCUUAUCCACCACCUCCCUUGAUGUCAUCUUUGGGUUUCAAUAGACCAGCUUCAAAUCCCAUGACUCUUUACGGAAGCACCCCAAACCAGCAGCUGGGUGAAAACCCGCCAAGUAUCUUGCAGAGUCUCACCAUUCCCCAGCCUUCCAUGCCGUCAAUACAUUCCAUUGCUCAGCUGCAGCCACUGCAGCCCCCCCAGCUUCCACGUCCUCCACAGCCACCUCAGCAUCCUAGGCCACCUAUUAAAGCUUCUCAACAGUUAGAGCAAGGGGCGUCUUUGCAAAAUCAAAUUCAAAUGCAAAUGCAUCCGCUGCAGAUGCUGCAACAUUCACAAAUGUCUUCAAUAACUACCUAUUAUCAAUCUCAACAGCAAGAGUUUUCACAUGCACAACAACAGCGGCAAAUUGAACAUGCCCAACAGCAAGUUCUACAUCAGCAAGGGGAGGUGGCAAUCCAGCAGCAAACGGAUUCAGGAAUGUCAUUACAUGAGUACUUUAAAUCUCCAGAAGCUAUUCAGUCUUUAUUAAGUGACCGGGAUAAACUUUGCCAGCUUCUGGAGCAGCAUCCGAAACUAAUGCAGAUGCUUCAGGAAAGGUUGGGUGGUCAGCUAUAGCAAGGUGGUAGAGGAAUUAAAGGAUGAACUUUUAUCUGUCCUGGGUUUACUUCAUACGAUGGAAACUACUGGUCGAGUCUGUAUGAAGUCAUUGCCCCAGUAGCCAUUGUUCUAUGCUGCAAGAAUUACAAAUGUCUGCCGGCGUCGUACUUCUGUUCAUCAUGUCCAAGUGCAUUAUUUUUUUCAUUUAUGUACGAUAUACAUGUAUGUUUUUAGUUUACAUUUGAAUUAAAUUGCCUCCCAAUCAUCUGAGUUUCUUAGGGGUGUAUUAAGCUGAAGAUGUGGCUUUUGACAAGCUGCAAGGUGGAGGAUUGCUAUCCGCUUGAAACAGGUGUAUGGUAUCAUUGUUUGUUGUAUUGUGACUGUAGAGAGCAACAUUCCUUCUAGUAACUCAAAAUGUAUAUAGAAAAUUUUAUGGUGAAGGUUAUGGUGCAUAGAGUUUCCCAUUGUUUUC